UUAAAUCUUCUCAUGUAUGUUUCCACUUCCAAAAGGCCACAACUUUGACCAAUAUCCGAUACCAAGCUGCUAAUUAUCUCCUAUGUAUUCACUUGCAAAUUUCACCAUAAAUACACACUAAAAAACCCUAGAGUACUACACUGAAAUUUCUCUUCAAUUGCUUCUUCCAUGAAUAUUUCUCUCAAGAAAAAAGAAAAAGUUCCAAUUACCACCAUGCCUAGUUUGGAUGAGAAAUGUUGCUAUAAUAACCCUUUAGGAUGUUUCUUUUGCAUAAUGAAGGAACCAAAUUCAUCAAUUAGAAGCAAUGGAAUCAAGAACUACUUUAAAAGAAUGCCUUUGAUUGAUGAAGAUCAAGAACUUGUGCUAGUAUUAAGUGGCCUUUGGACCAUGGCAAUGUCACAACCAAAUGACAAAGAGCUUCCAUCCUUAGGCAUUUUUGAAUGCAUGAAAAGUCUAAUCAACAAAGGUAUAAAUCAAAAAUCUUGGCUUCAAAAAAAUCAGAACAUUUAUAUUCCUUAUUACGCUUCUCAUAUUAUUGGUUCUUAUACAAUGAACAAUGCUGAGUUUGCUAUUAAAGCAUUGGAUUGUGGUGUUUUAGUCCCACUAUUGGAGCUUUUGAGAGGAAAAAUGACUUGGGUUGAACAAAGAGUGGCUAUUAGAGCAAUUGGUCAUUUAGCAAGCUAUGAAAAGACUUUCAAAGAUGUAGCAAUUUAUGAAGAAGAAAUUGUGAAAUUAGCCAUGAAAUUGGCUUCCACAUGUCUUGAAGUUGUGUACAAAGAGUUUGUUGGUGUGAAAGAUUUAAAUAUGAGGUUGAAAUAUCAUUGUGAUUUGUUGACUAGAGGAGUUGGAGGGCUAGAAAUGGAAAAUAGUAAAGCUGAGGAAUGGGCUAGUCAACUUCAAUGUUGGAGUUUGCAUCUUUUAAAUUGCUUUGCAAUUAAGGAAAGGUGUUUAAAUCUCAUUUGUGAUCAAAAUUUCUUGAAGGACUUAAGUGAAAUGUGGGGUGGAUUGGCUAAUGAUUCUUCACCAGGAGGGGUUGGAUUAAUUAGAGUUUUGUGUUAUAACAAAGAUGGAAGAAGAUGUAUAGCAGAAUCAAAGGAUGUAAUCAAGAAUCUUUGUAAUCUUUCAAGAUCUUCAGAUGAUUGGCAAUAUAUGGGAAUAGAUUGUCUAAAAUUGCUUCUCGCCGAUUCAGGUACAAGGUACAAAGUUCUUGAAGUGGCUUCCAUGUGUCUUAUUGAUUUGGUUGAACUUAGGACCCUUGGAGGCAGAUCAAAUGUUGGUAAUACAAUCACAAGAACUCUUCUUGCAGAUUUCAAACAAAGAAAGGUGAAAAUCAAUAAUAUUGGUAUUCAACAAGUGCUUGAAGAAAUAUGGAGUUUGAAAGUAAGGAAGAAAAGGGAGCAAAAUAUGAGUGAUGAGAAACUUGAAGAUAAAAGGGUAAUGGUGAGUUUGAUGAAGCAACAAGGGAACAAUAGUUUUUGGUUAGGGAAAAUUGAAGAAGCAAUGAUGAAAUAUAGUGAGGCUUUGGAGUUAUGUCCAUUGAGAUUUAGAAAAGAAAGAAUUGUGCUUUAUAGCAAUAGAGCACAAUGUAAAUUGUUAUUAGGAGAGGCUAAUGAUGCUGUUAGUGAUACAACCAAAGCUUUAUCACUUUCAUCUCCAACUAAUUCACAUGCCAAAAGCCUUUGGAGAAGAUCACAGGCAUAUGAUAUGAAAGGAUUGGCUAAAGAGAGCUUGAUGGAUUGUAUUAUGUUUGUUAAUUGUUGCUUUAAAAUGGAUUGUUCUUCAUCAUCAUUAAUGAAGAAAAAUAUGAGAAUCCCUUAUUAUGCAGUUAGAAUGAUCAACAAGCAAAUGGAAUCAACUUGGUUAUUUAAAAAUGCUCAAUUGAAGGCUUUUGUUGAUCUUAGUGAAAAAACAAAUCAACCACAUGAUGUCAUGAGAGCUACAAGAAUUCUAUUGCAAAAGAAGGGUUUCAUUGAAGGUCUUUCCAGUAUAUCAGAAGAACAUCAACUGAUUGAAAAGGGUGAAAUUAGUAGGAGAAAUCUGAAAAUUAAGAACAAGGAAAGACAGAAAAAUGUAUUCACUCAGUCAGUGCAGUGUAACUAGACAUAAUUAAUCCACUUGUUUCAUGAAUCAUAGGAUUAAAAAAUUUGCCC